AUGAGUGAAUAUAUAUUUGGAUCUUUUCUAAGUAGAUUAGAUAAUAUAAGGUAUAAUUUAUUAAAUAUAUUUAAUGACAUUAAACUUGAUGAUAAUUAUAUAAGGAAUAUUAGAUUAAAUAUAAGAAGAAAAUUUGAUAUAUUAAUUGAUAAAUGCUUACCAUCAAAAAUAAUAGAAGAUAAACGAUUUAUAGUAUUAAUUGAAAAAAAAAAGAAUUACGAUCAUUUUCGUUGUCCUAUAUGUAUGUUAAUAUUAUAUAAGCCAGUGAAAACAAAAUGCUCACAUAUAUUUUGUAAGGAAUGUAUAGAAAAAGUUUUAAAGAAAUUUGAUUAUUGCCCUAUGUGUAGAAACAAUAUAAAAUAUGUUGAAUUAGAAAAUGUAAGUAUAAAUUUUUUAGGAAGUGAAUAUGAAAAUAUAAAGAUAAGAUGUGUAAAUUGUAGAAAUAUUACAACAAUAAAAAAUUAUGAAAAUCAUUUACUAAAUGAAUUAAGAAAUAAUUAUAAUAGUAAUUACAAUGAUAUAAAUAAUGAUAAUAAUAAUAAUACUACUACUACUACUACUAAUAAUAAUAAUAGUAAUAACAAUAAUAAUAAUAAUAAUAAUAAUAAUAAUAAUAAUAAUAUUAAUACCACUACUACCACUACUACUACUACUACUACUACUAGUAAUAAUAAUAAUAUUAAUAAGAUAAGUAAUAAUAAUAAUAAUAAUUCUACCACUUCUGGUAAUAAUAAUAGUAAUUAUAAUGACAUUAAUAAUAAUCAAAAUAAUAAGAAGAAUUUAAAUACGCAUAGAAAUAAUUUUCAGGAAGUUAGUAAUUCGUGUAUUAAGAAUUUAGAUUUUUUUUUUAAUAGAAAAUUAAAAAUAGAAGAAAUGAAUGAAUUAAUAGAAUUUCUAUAUCAAAAUGGGUUAAAUAGUACUAUACAAAGUUUUCAUCUUAUAUAUGGAGAAAAAAGAAAUGAUGAAUAUUUGUAUGAAAAUAGACAAAUAGAAGAAAUAGUUUGUGAGACUUUUCUUAUUGUAAAAGUUAAAAAAAAAAAAUUAAAAGAAAAAGUUGCUUCUUAUAAAUAUAAUAGUUUAUAUAAUGAUAAGAAAUUAUCAAAAAGUUAUAUAAAAAAGGGUUCUUUAUGUUAUAAUAAUAAUAGAAAAUACGAAAAAAAAGUUACCAACGCAUAUAAUACAGUUUAUAACAGAGGGUCAUAUAUAUUUGAAGAUUAUAAAUUAUAUCAAGAAAAAAUGAUAAAUAACAAUAAAGAUAAUAAAUAUAUAUUUUUUCUCUUAGAAUAUAACUCAGAAAAUUUAUUUUUUACUUUAUUUAACAAUUUUCCAAAUAUAAAAAAUUUACAUAAGAUGAAAUUAGUAAUUUAUAAAAAAAUAAAAGAUGAAUCACAGAAUAAUUAUAAAGUAAAUGAGUUAAAUGAAUUUCUUUCCACAUUAAAAAAAAAAAAAAAUUCAAAAACAUUUCAUAAAUAUUUUUAUAGUUCUUUUCAUUUAUUUCAUGAUAUUAUCUUCUCAUAUAUAAAAAAUGGUUAUUUUUUAAAAGAGAAAGAAUAUCGUUUUAAAAAUAAAUAUAUAAGAGAUUAUGAAUUAUUAUUUAUAUUUUUUUAUUUAAAAUAUGAAUAUAAUAUCCCUAGAAAUUUAGAAUAUCAUUUAUUGUAUUCUGAAGAAUUUAUAACAAAAAUUUUAAAAAAUGAAGUAUGUGAUCGUUUUGUUUUCGUAAGUAAUAUCUAUACUUAUAAGCCAGAUGACAAUGAUUAUAAUGACAGGAAUGAUGGAUAUAAAAAUACUCAUAUAUAUAAAAAUAAAAAGGAUGAUAUAAAUAUGCAUUUAAUAUUAAAAAUACAAAAUGGAAAAUUAAAAAGUGAAUUAAAUGACAAGGAGAAAUUGAAAAAAAAACCUUUUUUAAAUAAUAUAGAAAAUUAUUAUGAUAUAAAUGAUAUCUGUUAUUUUAUUUUUUCGUAUUCUUCAAAUGGUUUUCAUUGGGAUGUUAAAAAAUCAGUAAACUUUCUAAUUAACAAAAAACUAGAAUAUAAAUCAAUAAAAGUAUUUUUUGACAUUGAUAAAUUAAUACUUUUUUUUUGUCAUAUAAGAAAUAAAAAAUACAAUCCAAUUUUAUGGAAUUCUAGGAAAUUUUUACAAUAUAUGUUAAAUUUUUGCUGUGACUAA